UAUCGUUGUUCUUCAAGAAGAAGCCCUUGAGAAUGGAGGAGGCCUCAAGUUCGCCGGAGAGAAGCGUGCCCAAGCUUGGCUUGCUUUGCCGUGGCUGGAGGAUCGGGAAGAAACUGGCCGUCGCUGGAGCUGCGGUGACGACGGCGCCACUUGUUGUCCCUCCGCUACUCGUCCUCUCCACCGUCGGCCUCGUGUGUGCCGUCCCUGUGUGUGUCUACUUGGCGGCCUUUGCUGCAACCGAGAGAGUCAUGACUUCGAUGCUGCCAAUCCCUUCCGAUGAAGAACCAGUGGAGAGUGAAGUAGGGGUUGAGCCUUUGGAUAUGGUGUAUGUGUGUGUAGUUAAGGAGAAGGGUAGAAUGGAUGAUGAUGAUGAUGACGAUGAUGAUGAUGUGAGAGGAGGAGGAGGAGGAGAAGAGAGGUCAUUGAUGGAUGUGGAGCGUGAAUCUCUGAUUGAGAAUGAGAAAGGGGAGGUGGUUGUGUUGAUGGAUGAGGAGAAGAAAUCAGAACAAGUGGAGUUGGGGGAGAAGAGUGGAGAUGGAGAGGGUUUGGCUGAUGCAGCUGUUCAGAUUGAGAAUCCAUUACCAAUUGUUAGUGAAAAGGAUGAAAAUGGUGAGAAUUCAGCAAUGAAUAAUGGGAAGGAAGAAGAUGAAUUGAGCGUGAUGGAGUAUGCAUCUAUGGUUGAGAAUGCUAAUGGAGAAGUAAUUGUCAUAUUUAAGGAGCUGAAAAUUGAAAAAGAUGAGUUCUUGAAUGCUCCUGAGACUGAGAAAACAUUGCCAACUUCUCAGAUUUCAGUUGCUCCGGUUGAUAAGGAGAGCUCAGAGUAUGCUUCUGCUGUGGAGGAUCAGUCAUCAGAAACUGCAGAUUCUGAAAUUCAGAUUUCCACAGAGCUUGUGACAGUUUUGUCUGUUGAUCAGACAGAAGCUAUGGACAAAGAUGAGGGUAAGUUUAAUGAAGAGAAGAUAUGGGAGGAGAUUUAUGCAUUACGAACAAUUAUGGGAUACCAAGGGGCUUUGAGCAUGUCCUGUGUUGAGGAAUUGACUGCUUUAUAUAUAUUUGCUGGAGUGGAGCCCCCUGCUAAUGUUAAGGAUUCCCCUAAACUUAAGGAAGUUAAUGAUAUGCUCCUGUUCUUAAAGUCUGUAAUUGGAGUCAAGUGAAGCUUCAUGUUGAAUGCUAAUGUUUAGUAUAUAUAAACAAGUGUAAAACUACUGCAGACUCUAGAGUACUUUCAUAAGGUUUUUGGUAUUUGUUCUGAAAAUUGCUUACGGUGUAUG